AUGGCAUUUUAUCAAUAUCCUGUGCCCUUAUCUGGGACAAGCAUCGAGAACAUAGUCAGCAAGUACGCGGGUCAUCCCGAUAAGUUGAAUGAGCUAGUUCUUUCCAACGCUAAAGACUUCCAUAAUGAGCUGAUCGAAUCACACUUAGAGAUGGUCCAUUUGCCGUUACGAGAUAUAGAAAUCAGGAUCCAAACUUGUCAUAAUCUAGGGAGUUACAAAUCUAAAAGUGUGGAUAAGCUAGUGCUCAUGAUUCAUGGACUCGGUGGUAACUUAACACAUUAUGAGCCGCUUAUAAGCAAAUAUGUACAUGAUCACACACCAUUCCUUGCCUUUGAUCUACCGGGGUUUGGUGAUUCCGACGAAUUGGAUCAAUACAAUAUGGGCGACGUUAUUAGCCUUAUAUGCGAAUUAGUACACAAAAUGUGUCAAUGCAAGACGAUAUCGAUAAUCGGUCACUCGAUGGGGGCAUUGUUGUCCGUUCAGGUAGCGAAUACGAUUUCUGUGAAAUGUCACGGCUUAAUUCUGAUCGGGACUCCUCCGUUGCAGAACAAGGCUUUGAAAAACCCAUUUGUAAGACUUCUCCUCAAGUUGCUUUGGUAUCAUCCUGGCAUUUUCGACUUUUAUAGGGUUAGGUUUGAUCAGAGCAAAGGGUUGAAAAGUAGUGGUAUUGUCAAAUUCUAUUAUCGCGCGGGAAACACUUACGGAAAACUAUAUCAAUACUACAGAAAUAUCCAAAUCAAGUCUAAAUCUCUUGUUGGUUAUUUUCUUGGAUGGCAGGAAGUUUCCAAUGUACCAAAUGCAACUCCGAUUCAUUUGAUACAUGGCGACAAGGACACGAUCUGUGCAGUGGAAAAGCUAGCACAAUGGCGCACAUUGGAAGGAGUUACUGUCACGGUAGAUGUGAUCACCGAUUGUUCGCACAAUUGUUUAUUAGAUGCAACAGAAGAAACUCUGGAGCUAAUAAUGAAGUAUACAUGA